AUGAACGAAUUAUCCACGGCGUUGAAAGCUAUCGGGCUGGAUACGGUGCCCCACGAACCAAACACGUACCCCGCACUGAACCCGUUCGAUAUAUACAGGUCCCAUAUCACAGAACUGUUGGCGAAGAGUAGUGGCGUGGACGCGAAAAUUAUAUACCCUGUGCUGGCUUGGACCGCGAAACCCGAGAAUGGCGAUUUGCAGCUUGCGGUACCGGCGUUGAGGCAGAAGGGGAGGGAUAUGAAGGCAUUUGCGGAGGAGCUUGCUGAGAAGUUCCCCGAAUCUCCCCUCGUGCAGCCUCCGGUCGUCAACGGCACCUGGGUGAGCUUCUUUUUCAAACCCGGCCCACUAACCUCCAUCGUCAUUCCUAUGAUCCUCAAGUCUGGGUCUGUCUUCGGCUUCAAUCCAAAUCUUGGGCUUCGCGAUGCAGAUAAUCCUUCUGCGGGCCGCAAGAAGAUAAUCGUCGAGUUUAGCUCGCCGAAUAUCGCGAAGCCGUUCCAUGCAGGCCACUUGCGAUCGACUAUCAUUGGCGGUUUCCUGGCGAAUUUGUACGAGGGUGCGGGGUGGGAUGUCACGAGGAUGAAUUAUCUCGGCGAUUGGGGGAAGCAAUAUGGAGUGUUGGCGGUGGGGUUUGAUAAAUUUGGCUCCGAGGAAGAGUUGGUGAAGAAUCCGAUUGGACACUUGUAUGAUGUUUACGUCAAGAUCAGCAAGAUUUCGGCGGAUGAGGGAGAUGCAGUGAAGGCAAAGAAAGAGGAGAUUACUAAGCUAACUGAGAAGGGCGAGGACACAAGUGCGCUGGAAGCGGAGGUUAAGAAGAUACAGGAUGAGGGCGUGGAUGAGCAGGCGAGGAAAUACUUCAAGCGAAUGGUUGAUGGAGAGGAGGUUGCGUUGGGUAUCUGGAAACGCUUCAGGGAUCUAUCAAUCGAGAAAUACAAGAAAACAUACGCUCGACUGAAUAUUCGUUACGACGAUUACUCAGGAGAAUCGCAGGUCAAGGACGAGAGCAUGGAGAGUGCGGCGAACAUCAUGGCGGAGAAGAAGGUUUCAGAAGACUCUGAAGGUGCAAUUAUUGUCGAUCUGACGAAAUACUCAAAGAAACUUGGGAAAGCGCUUGUGAAGAAGAAAGACGGGACUUCGUUAUAUCUCACUCGAGACAUCGGCGCCGCCUUCGAGCGUAUGGAGAAGUACCACUUCGACAAGAUGAUUUACGUCGUCGCCUCGCAACAAGAUCUGCAUCUCGCGCAACUGUUCAAGAUCAUGGAGGCCAUGGGCCGUAAGGAUGUUGCGGAGAAAUGCCAUCAUAUCAACUUCGGUAUGGUGCUCGGAAUGAGUACCAGGAAAGGCACCGCGAAAUUCUUGGAUGAUAUUCUGAGGGACGUGGGAGAGAAGAUGCAUGAGGUAAUGAGGGGUAAUGAGGACAAGUAUAAGCAGGUGGAUGAUCCUGACAAGACAGCGGAUACUUUGGGGAUCUCUGCCGUCAUGGUACAGGAUAUGAAGGGCAAGAGGAUAAAUAACUACACCUUCGACAUGGACCGGAUGACGUCCUUUGAAGGCGACACAGGCCCCUACCUCCAGUAUGCACACGCACGUCUCUGUUCCAUCAACCGCAAAGCCUCAGCCGUGGUCUCGGACCUCCCUUCGGACCUCUCCACCAUCGACAUCUCCAUCCUCACAGAACAGCAUGCGGUAGACCUCGUCAGGCAGUUAGCGUUAUGGCCAGAUGUGUUUCUCAAUACAAUUAAGACGCAGGAGCCGACCACCGUGUUGACGUAUUUGUUCAAGAUGGCGCAUGCAUUGAGUAGCAGUUAUGAUCAUUUGCAGGUGGUGGGCAGUGAGAGGGAUAGCAUGCUCGCCAGGUUGGCGCUGUAUACUGCGGCGAGGCAGGUGUUGAACAAUGGUAUGAGGUUACUGGGAUUGAGUCCCGUUGAGAGGAUGUGA